AUGGGCAGCGAUAACGCUGACUGGGAGCUGGAGGAGGGUCUUCCUCAGUUCGAAGAUCCUUUCAUCCAGCAGUACUUGAAAGGCCGCGACGCUCUAAUCGCCGAGGAACAAAAGAGGCGACAUGAUGCCACUUAUCGCAAGUCCCUGUCGCCCAUCGCCGCCCAGGCCUGCAAGAUCGUCUCGCAGAUUCGGGCUCGCGAGCAGAACGAGGUGUGGACUACCGGUUUGGAGCCCGCGAUAGCGCACGAGGCCGAUGAGAUCCUUUACCCCGGGGUGAUGUUUCACCAUGCAAAGGGUCGCAUGGAGAAGACCAAUCUGUGGAAGAUUGUUGAGAAAAUGCCCAAAGGAUCGCUUUUACAUGCACACAUGGAUGCCAUGUUCGACAUCGACUUCCUGAUCGAUCAGGCCUUUUCUACGCCGGGAAUUCAUAUCUUGGCACCCAAGCCCCUCAUUUCCUCCAAUGACUACGAAAAAGGACCCGUUUUCUUCCAAUUCUCGUCGCAGUCAACGGCGGAGAGUGAGAACAAGGCGAGUAUCUGGACGGAAGGGUAUGAGCCUUCCUCCUUGAUCCCAAUCCGGACAGCGGCCUCGUCAUUCCCUAAUGGCGGCGAGACUGCGUUCCGCGAGUGGCUUCGCAGUCGGUGCAUGCUUAUGCCGGAACAUUCAUACCACCACCAUCACGGCGUUGAUGCAAUCUGGGCUAUCUUUACUACGACCUUCCCCGUUAUCAACUCGAUCCUAAUGUACGAGCCUAUCUUCCGAGCAUGCUUCCGCCGAAUGCUGGGUCAACUGGCUGCCGAUGGCAUUCGAUAUGUGGAGUUCCGCAUUGCGUUCGUCUUUGCUUGGAGGAAAGAGGGCAAGGAUCAGCCGGAAGAUGGCUAUGAUGACUGGUGUCGUACUGUCGAGGAAGAGGUUGAACGGUUUAAGCAGACGGAGCAAGGCAAAUCAUUCUACGAAGCGCGGAUCAUUUGGACCACGAUUCGGCGAUUCGGCAACAGGGAAAUUGUCGACACUAUGAAGCAGUGCAUCGAGACCAAGCAUGCCUUUCCAGAUCUCAUCUGUGGUUUUGAUCUGGUCGGCCAGGAGGACUUGGGAAGACCCCUCAAGGAUCUUGUACCGGUUCUCUUCUGGUUCCGCAAACGUUGUGCAGAGGAAGGUGUAGAAAUUCCUUUCUUUUUCCAUGCCGGUGAAUGUUUAGGCGAUGGCGAUGAGACUGACCACAAUCUCUUCGAUGCCAUCCUACUGGGCACUAGGAGAAUUGGUCACGGCUUCUCCCUCUACAAACAUCCCCUUCUGAUUGACUUGGUCAAGGAGAAGAAGAUCAUGAUCGAAUGCUGCCCUAUAUCCAACGAGAUCCUUCGCCUGGCAAGCUCCAUCAAAAGCCACCCGUUACCGGCGCUCCUGUCCCGCGGCGUUGCUGUCUCACUGUGCAAUGAUGAUCCAGCAAUCCUCGGCCACGGGAAGAACGGGUUGACCCAUGACUUCUGGCAGGCACUUCAGGGUCUGCAGAAUAUUGACUUGGUCGGUCUGGCGAUGAUGGUCCAGAAUUCGAUCCGGUGGAGCUGCUACGAGGACCAGUCCACCGCCGAAUGGAAACAUGAUGUCGAGCAGGGUAUCCUGGGCGAGGGGUUGAAGGCGGCUCGUCUGCGAGAAUGGCAUACGGAGUUUGAAAAGUUCUGCGAAUGGGUUGUUUUGGAGUUUGCGGAGUUUGAUGAGGAGGACUAG